GCCCAUUAAAGCCCCCUUCCCGUCUCAUCCCUCGCUCUCGGUGUCUUCAAGAAGGCCCGACGAAGAGUGGAAGGCUGCGACCCAUCGAACCCCGCGCCCCCACCUCCCUCCGCAAUAAGGCCAUAGAAGGACUCAGUCCCAUUAAACCCUCUUUCUGUCCCUCCAAGAAGGCCAAAGAAAGACUGAUGCUGGAAGAACUGCGCCCAAAUCGAAGUGAGUGUUGUUUGUGACCAAGAAAGAAAGAACACGGUGGAUUUUAUUUUCUUGGCUUCGUGAGCAAAUUUUCUAGUAAUGAAUAGUCUUUCAAAUACCUUCUCGCUUCUUCAUUUGGAUGCUGAAGAUGAUAAGGAACAAAUAGCCUCACUUACAGUUGCCAAGGAUAAGAAUCAUGCCACAAACUCAGAUAAAGAUAAGAAGACAGGCGAAUUGUCAGGGAAAACCACAACUCUGAAAAUUGAUAAAAUAAAUGAGGAAAGCUUUUCAUCAUCUUCGGGAAACUACAGAAUGCCCCUUGUGUGGAUUGACUUGGAAAUGACAGGUUUGAAUAUUGAAGUUGAUCGGAUAUUGGAGAUUGCUUGUGUUAUAACAGAUGGUAAACUAGCCAAAUCAGUAGAGGGUCCAGAUUUGGUUAUUAGCCAGACUAAGGAGUCCUUGGAUAACAUGGGCCAAUGGUGUCGGGACCAUCAUGCAGCUAGUGGUUUGACUGAGAGAGUGCUACAGAGUACUAUUACUGAAAAAGAUGCAGAGACCCAGGUUAUUGACUUUGUCAAGAAACAUGUAGGCUCAGAUACACCACUUUUAGCUGGAAAUUCUAUCUAUGUGGACUUUUUGUUCUUAAAGAAAUAUAUGCCAAAUCUGGCAGCCAUCUUCCCUCAUGUACUUGUCGACGUUAGCAGCAUCAUGGCUUUAUGCAUCCGUUGGUUUCCCAAAGAACGUCAACAUGCCUCUCUCUUUUGUGACAGACCAAGAUGCAACUAUCAGAUAAGUGAAAUUGAAACAUUUGGAUGAAUGAAUUCACACAAACAAGUAAGCUGGCUAUUAAAUCAACCAUGAAAAGUUCUCUAUGGGUGUGUUAUUACAUGAAGGGAGAAUGAUGGUAAUCCAUGCCAGUACUAGUGAUAAUUUAAUGUGAUUUUUCCAUGAAACGUGGCCAAACCCGGUACUUCAACUUGAUUGUUGGAUGGUAUAUAUUUGUUCUGUGGAUUAUUGGUUGUUGAAAAUAUGUACGUAUCAUGGGGCAGUUGCCUCAUUGAGUUUAUUAUAUAUAUAUUGGUUAAUUAUCACCAUCUCCUGUAUUCAAUAAAUGGCACUCUAUGUCCAAGACUUUUUCCAACAUUGCCCCUCAAAUUUUGGGCCCAAACUGUUGAAUGAAUUUGGCUUCUACACUGAUGUUUGAAGUAUGUUUUUGUAAAAUGAAAGCACAAGCUCCUUGAUCUGAAUUUGUAGACUCGAAUUUCACACGUUUUGAUCUGUGCAUGGUUCAGUGGUUGUUGCCUUCUGACUG